AUGCCUGGACGAUUCAACGAGAGGACGAAACACGUGCCAAUCGCGUCCUCUACAUCUCUCGUGGACGCGAAACCCAGGAAACGCAGCCUGGGCAAGAACUUGCACAAAUUCCAGCCUGUAUUCCGCCUAGCAGGAAAGACAAAGAAGGCACACACCCAUCCCUACAAACUCAUCACUAUUGUCCCUGUGUCUUAUCUUCCCCGCCCAUCCAACAUCCAACCCGUCAACGCCGAGGCGAUUGUUUGUUGUUCCACCAACUCCGACAAGGUUGGGCGCAUCACCUCUUCUGGGCGCGUCGCCGUUAUUGCCAUCUCCACCUUCCAACUCCGAAUUCAAUCUAUCGCCUAUUGUCACCCCCUUCAUGAACCCCGACUUCGAAACUUCACGUCAUCACCGGGCCACCCAUCAGGCGUGGAAGGCCUGGCAGGACAAAAUCAUCCCCUGCCUCGUUCCAAUAUUCAGCAAUGUCUUCUUUUCGACGAGAGGCCUCCAGCGCCUUCAGGAUCUUCCAAGACUGUGUCGUCGAAUCUGCACCUGCGCUUCGACCCGGCUUUGUAA